GCCUGCCGCUUACAGUGUUUGCUACCGCGAGCAAGUCGGUGUUUAGUGUCCGUUUCGGUCCCGGAAUACAAAAGAGACGCUUCAGUGUGACCGGCCGCAAUAGAGAGGCAGAGGAAGACCAACGGUGACAGCGUUAACUUCACUCUGUUCAGCGGAGUAUAUUUCUUUUCUGGCUUCCUUUCCUGCGCUUGAAGAAGAAGCUGCUGUAUUUUGUGCGCUCCGGUAAUGUCGGACCGCGUUUAAAACGUAUUCGCGAGCGUCUCCGUGGCUCCAUGCGGGAGAGGAGACAUUUUGGGGUGAUUUUUUUUCUCUCUUACUUUAUUUAUUUAUUUUUUUUGUUCCUUGGUGCUCCAGCCAGGCUCCUGAGCUGUCGCGCUCUGGCGCAGGAAUGCUUUUUCUCUCGCCGUAGCUCCGCGUAAAUCUCUUCGGUCCCGGCGCUCUCUGCCCAACGGACUCUGCUGCUGCUCCUGGAUAUAUGAGGACUCUUCCUGUGCAGUAAUUUGGUGUAAAUGGAUCGCCAGUCCAGUUUCAUUUCCAUUUGGCUACAACUGGAACUCUGUGCCAUGGCCGUUCUUCUGACCAAAGGAGAGAUCAGGUGUUACUGUGAUGCCCCGCACUGCGUGGCCACUGGAUACAUGUGCAAAUCAGAACUGAACGCCUGCUUCACGAAGGUGCUGGACCCGCUCAACCCAAACUCUCCCCUCACCCACGGGUGUUUAGACCCCGUCGCCAAUGCCGCGGACAUCUGCAGCAGCCAUCGGGCCGCGGACGCCCUCAGCGGGGGCGCGAUGCUGGAGUGCUGCCAUGACGACAUGUGCAACUACAGAGGCCUGCACGACCUGGCGCACACCAGGGACUCGACAGAUGGCCGCUACCAGCCAGACAGCAAUAACAGGAACCUGGUGACCCGGGUUCAGGAGCUGACCUCAGCCAAAGAAGUGUGGUUCCGGGCGGCCGUGAUCGCCGUGCCAAUCGCCGGCGGCCUCAUCCUGGUGCUGCUCAUCAUGCUGGCGUUACGAAUGCUUCGCAGCGAGAACAAGCGGCUGCAGGACCAGCGGCAACAGAUGCUGUCGCGGCUCCAUUACAGCUUCCACGGCCACCACACCAAGAAGGGACACGUGGCCAAGCUGGACCUGGAGUGCAUGGUGCCGGUGACGGGCCAUGAGAACUGCUGCCUAACCUGCGACAAAAUGAGGCAGGCCGACCUAGGCAACGACAAGAUCCUGUCUCUGGUGCACUGGGGGAUGUACAGCGGCCACGGCAAGCUGGAGUUUGUAUGACUUCCUGCUGGGAACUGUAUGACUGUCACUUCUCCAACAAGCAGCCAGGACUUCCUCUCAAUCGUUGGCUUUAGCUCUUUUGUACUUUAAAAAGACAUUCCCAUGUUUUUCAUCCAUUGGACUGUUGGGUUUGUGUUUGUUUUUUUUUUUGUUUGUUUGUUUGUUUGGGGUUUUUUUUUUAAACCAGUGGCGAAAAAAUACGAGACUGAUCUCAUGCCUUGUGGUUUCUGCUAGAGGAGCACUUUACUUGAAAAUGAAAGGCGACGCAACGAGGAGCUGUAUUUAAACUUGAGAGGGCAGGGCUGAGGUGGAGUGAGAGCUCUGUCACUGCUCCUGAGGAUCCUGGACUUUUUUUUUUUUAUCUUUACACUGAGCGCUGAAGGAUUCCAAAUCUGUCUUAUUUGCACAUUUGUAAAAAAAAAAGAAACAAAAAAAAAAAUCAUCGAUUAACAACAAUUCUACACUGACACCAGGGUACAAAAAAAGACUUUGUGUGAGGAGUUAAAAAAAAAUCAGUGUUUGACUGUAGGUGUGUGCACUCCUCUGUGUACGUUUUAUGAUUCAAGCUUAAUGUAAAGAUUCUAAAUAUAUAUAUUUUUGUCUGAUAAAACUGACCAGUGUGCGUCUUAUUCUGGGUGAAUGUCCAACAUCUCUCUCUGUGAUCAGACUAUAAGCUUGACUGAGUGUGAAAGAAGAGCUUCCAUUAAAAGUGACUUUUUAUUUA